GUUUGGACGGAGGUCAGGGUGCAAAUCAAGUAGAAACUGAUGGUAUAGGUCAAGGUGGAAGUCAAGCUGGAGCUCAUACAGGAGGUCAAGGUGGAGAUAAUGGUGGAGGUAAAAGUGGAGUUCACGGUGGUACCCAUUUAAUCGGUUCUAUUGAGUUUGGAAGUCCUGAUAACGAUGCGGACACAGGAAAUAGUUCUAUUGAAGAGCAGAUUCAUUUAGAUCCCACAAUUUCCAAUUUGGCUAAUGCCUUCAAGUCAUAUAGCUGGUCAGAUUUUAUGAAGUGGAUUGAAAAUUAUUUGGAGAGUUUCAAGGGAGAUAUAGACGAAACAAUGAAGAAAUUACUCCUUUACGUCACCAAAUCACAAAAAACUGGAAUUUCUAUGAUACAAUCUG